GGCUCCUCAGCGGCCGUGACCUCCUCCAGCCGAGCCCUCCGCAAAUUAUCAUCUCUGGACUCCCCGCUGACACCCUGCCGGAGGCUAGCGCUGCCCAGCCAACUGGAACUGUGCCUCUUCUGUUGUCAAGGUUUUCUCCUUACGCAGGAAAAAGAAAGAAAAAAAAAAGAUGAAGUUGGGCAAGGUGGAGUUCUGCCACUCCCUCCAGCUCAUUGCGCUUCUGCUGUGCUUUGCGGGGCUGAGCCAGGGGGAGCUGUCCAGGUCCAGCUCCAAGCCCUACUUCCAGGCAGGCCGGUCGCGCACCAAGCGUAGCUGGGUGUGGAACCAGUUCUUCGUGCUGGAGGAGUACAUGGGCUCCGACCCCCUCUACGUGGGAAAGCUUCACUCUGAUGUGGAUAAAGGAGACGGUUCCAUCAAGUACAUCUUGUCGGGCGAAGGGGCAAGUUCCAUUUUCAUUAUCGACGAGAACACCGGCGACAUUCACGCCACCAAGAGGCUGGACCGUGAGGAGCAGGCCUACUACACGCUGCGCGCCCAGGCGCUGGACCGGCUCACCAACAAGCCUGUGGAGCCCGAGUCCGAGUUCGUCAUCAAGAUCCAGGACAUCAACGACAACGAACCCAAGUUCCUGGACGGCCCGUACACCGCCGGGAUUCCCGAAAUGUCUCCUGUGGGGACCUCAGUGGUACAAGUGACAGCAACAGACGCCGACGAUCCUACAUAUGGCAACAGUGCCCGUGUGGUCUACAGCAUCCUGCAAGGACAGCCCUACUUCUCCGUGGAGCCCAAGACAGGAGUCAUCAAGACCGCCCUCCCAAACAUGGAUAGAGAGGCUAAAGACCAGUAUUUGCUUGUUAUUCAGGCAAAGGAUAUGGUUGGUCAAAACGGAGGACUCUCAGGAACCACGUCAGUCACCGUGACCCUCACUGAUGUCAACGAUAAUCCACCUCGCUUUCCGCGAAGAUCUUACCAAUAUAAUGUCCCUGAAUCAUUGCCAGUGGCCUCGGUCGUAGCCAGAAUUAAAGCGGCGGAUGCAGAUAUAGGUCCUAAUGCUGAAAUGGAAUACAGAAUUGUGGAUGGAGAUGGAUUGGGAGUUUUCAAGAUUGCUGUUGACAAAGAUACACAGGAAGGAAUCAUUACUAUACAGAAGGACCUGGAUUUUGAAGCCAAAACAAGCUACACGCUCCGGAUAGAAGCAGCGAACAGAGACGCCGACCCCCGCUUCCUGAGCCUGGGGCCGUUCAGCGACACGACCACCGUGAAGAUCAUCGUGGAGGACGUGGACGAGCCCCCCGUGUUUUCCUCCCCCUUGUACCCCAUGGAGGUGUCGGAAGCCACCCAGGUGGGGAAUAUCAUCGGCACCGUGGCAGCGCACGACCCCGAUUCUUCCAACAGCCCGGUGAGGUAUUCAAUCGACAGAAACACAGAUUUGGAGAGAUACUUCAACAUCGAUGCCAACAGUGGCGUGAUUACGACGGCCAAGUCUUUGGAUCGGGAGACCAAUGCUGUCCAUAACAUCACAGUCCUUGCGAUGGAGAGCCAGAAUCCAUCUCAAGUAGGAAGAGGCUACGUGACCAUCACCAUCCUCGACAUCAAUGACAACGCCCCCGAGUUCGCCAUGGACUACGAAACCACCGUGUGUGAGAAUGCCCAGCCCGGGCAGGUGAUCCAGAAAAUCAGCGCUGUGGACAAAGACGAGCCAUCCAAUGGACACCAGUUUUAUUUCAGCCUAACCACUGAUGCAACCAACAACCACAACUUCUCACUGAAAGAUAACAAAGACAACACGGCGUCGGUGCUCACGCGGAGGAACGGCUUCCGGAGGCAGGAGCAGUCCGUGUACUACCUGCCCGUGUUCAUCGUGGACAGCGGCUCGCCCUCCCUCAGCAGCACCAACACGCUCACCAUCCGCGUGUGCGACUGCGACGCCGACGGCACGGCCCAGACCUGCAACGCCGAGGCCUACGUGCUGCCCGCCGGCCUCAGCACCGGGGCGCUGGUCGCCAUCCUCGCCUGCGUCCUCACGCUGCUGGUCCUGAUCCUCCUGAUCGUCACCAUGAGAAGACGGAAGAAAGAACCCCUCAUUUUCGACGAGGAGAGAGACAUCCGAGAAAAUAUCGUGCGCUAUGAUGACGAGGGUGGGGGAGAGGAGGACACAGAGGCCUUCGACAUGACGGCCCUGAGAAAUCUCAAUGUCAUCAGGGACACCAAGACCCGGAGGGACGUGACCCCAGAAAUCCAGUUCUUGAGUCGGCCGACUUUUAAAAGCAUCCCAGAUAAUGUCAUUUUUCGGGAAUUUAUUUGGGAGAGACUGAAAGAGGCCGACAUUGACCCCUGUGCGCCCCCCUAUGACUCCCUGCAGACAUACGCAUUCGAAGGCAAUGGCUCGGUAGCGGAGUCCCUCAGCUCCCUGGAGUCCGUCAGCUCGAACUCGGACCAGAACUAUGACUACCUGAGUGACUGGGGGCCCCGCUUCAAACGCCUGGCGGACAUGUACGGAACCGGCCGGGAGAGUGUGUACUCAUAGCCCUGGAGCGUUCGCUGGACGUGCACUGGAGCCCAAGUCCGAGCCAAACCAACAACAAAGACCGUGCAGAAAAUAAGGACUCUGCUCGCUAGGGGAAAUG